AUGAGUGAAAGUUCAGAUCAACAACAACAACAGCAAUUAGAGCAAUUAAAAUUAGAAACUUCACAACAAACAACAAACGAUAAAUUAUGGACCGAUCAAGGAAUAAAUGAAAAUAUUGUACAAAAAAUUCGUUUAUGUAUUGAAAAUGGUAAAUUACUUUCACCUGAUAUUGAUAGUCGUGUAUGUGAACAAUUACGUUCAUUUCCUAAUGAUAUGACAAGUAUUGAUUCUUUAUUUAAUGAAUUUAAUAAUUCGGAUUUAACUGGUGUUGUUAAUAAAAGUGCUUUUUUAUGUAAUUUAAUUAAACAAUGGAAAAUUCAACAUCCACAAGAACAAAAAUCUUCAAAUACAAAUUCACAAUCAACACAAGAUACAGACGAUCAAGGAAGUAGUUCUGGUAAACAUAAACCAGGUCCAGAUGAAGCUAAACUUAAACAAAUCCUUGAUCGAACAGGAUAUAAAAUAGACAUUACGGCUGGUCAACGUAAAUAUGGUGGUCCACCACCUGAUGGUCCCGAACGACCAGCUCCAAAUAGUGAAGUUUUUAUUGGUAAAAUUCCACGUGAAGUAUUUGAAGAUGAACUCAUUCCAAUAUGUGAAGAAACUGGAAAAAUAUGGGAUUUACGUUUAAUGAUUGAUCCAGUAUCCGGUUUUAAUAAAGGUUAUUGUUUUGUUACAUAUUGUACUCAAAGUGAUUCCGCUAAAGCAUGUGAGAAACUUAAUGGUUAUGCUAUCCGUCCAGGAAAACUUUUAAAAGCAAAUGGUAGUAUUGCUAAUCUUCGUUUAUUUAUUGGUAAUAUACCAAAAACAAAGUCAAAAGAAGAAAUUCGUGAAGAAUUAUUAAAAGUUGUUGAGGGUGUAACAAAUAUAAUUGUCUAUACGCCAGCUGAUGAAGCUGAUAAGAAAAAAAAUCGUGGAUUUUGUUUUGUGGAUUUUGAUACACAUAAAAAUGCGUCUGUGGCAAAAAGAAAAUUAGGAAAUGCUCGUGUUCGAGUAUUUAAUCGUGAUAUUGCUGUUGAUUGGGCUGAUCCAGAUGAAGAACCUGAUAAUGAUACAAUGUCACAAGUUAAAGUUUUAUAUGUACGAAAUUUAACAUCAGAUGUAUCAGAAAAUGAUGUUAAAGAUAUAUUUUUACCCUAUGGAAAUAUUGAACGUGUACGCAAAGUUCGAGUAAGUUUUUCAAUAUAUUUAAAAUUAUUACAAAAAAAAA